GGCGCACUCUGGGCGCAGCGCAGCGCGGGACCGGGCAGGCUGAAUUCGGGGACAGAGGUGGGCUCUGCAGUCCUGGGGUAGUAGACUAGGACACAGCCCUGACGUUCCUCUGCCUCCAGCUAUCCUCUGCCUCCACCCCAGCCUCCUUACUCCAUGGCCAUGAGAGCUGCCUACCUCUUCCUGCUGUUCCUGCCUGCAGGCCUGCUGGCUCAGGGCCAAUAUGACCUGGAUUCACUGCCCCCAUUCCCAGACCACGUGCAGUACACCCACUACGGCGACCAGAUAGACACCCCAGACUACUAUGAUUACCAAGAGGUGAGCUCUCGGUCCCCGGAGGAGCAGUUCCAGUCCCAGCAGCAGGUCCAGCAGGAAGUCAUCCCAGCACCCUCCCCAGACCCCUCCCAGAAAUUCCUGCCUGCCUCUCUCUCUACUCCAGAGACAGGACACACAGAGCUGGAGCCCACAGAGCCAGGGCCUCUUGAUUGCCGAGAGGAGCAGUACCCGUGCACCCGCCUCUACUCCAUCCACAAGCCUUGCAAACAGUGUCUCAAUGAGGUCUGCUUCUACAGCCUCCGGCGUGUGUACAUCGUGAACAAGGAGAUCUGUGUCCGCACAGUCUGUGCCCAUGAGGAGCUCCUCCGAGCUGACCUGUGUCGGGACAAGUUCUCCAGAUGUGGCGUGAUGGCCAGCAGUGGCCUGUGCCAAUCUAUGGCGGCCUCCUGUGCCAGGAGCUGCGGGGACUGCUAGGGUGAAGCUGUUAUCCUGAGCCCUGGGCCCUGUGCAGUCCCUGUCUCGGGCCCUGCCUGACUGGUGCUUUCUCCCUGUCCCCUCCCCCUAAUUCUCUAAAGCUGGCAGACAAGAGCCCUGGGGGUUGCAGGCUCUGGUGCCAAGCCCCUCCUCCAGCUAGUGGGCACCCCCAGGGCACAACAGGGGCUCCUACUGGCCAGGCUCUGCUCCAAGUGGGGGACACCCAAGGCCUCUCUGAGGGACUUGGGUCCCUGACAUGCCUUGUCAUCCCCCUAGGGACAGUCCCCUGAGGUAGGCUAUGCCCCACCCCAGCUGGUCUGCCUGGAUUUCCUACAGCUCCCUGGCCAUGGACCACCUUUGUUUUAUACAAAAUUAAAAACAACUUUUUACAAAAGA